CUUACUCUGUGUUAUUUACCCAUUAUAUUUGUCCGGUGAUCCAUUCUUCUUUCACUUUUUGCGUCUUGUGGUGAUGUCGGUGUCAUUGGUAAGAGGUGGAACUAGGUUCCUCCAAAAGGCUGGCAGGCAGCUCUUGCCAGCCCCUGUUGUUCCCCUCCGCCCUCAGGUGGCAGGCAUUGUGGGCAAAGCUCUUCGUGACAAGGACUACAAGCGCCCAGUUCCCUUCCCCUACAAAAAGAAUCCCUAUGGCUUCUUUUCUGCUCUGGUGGAUUGGACAACCCACCGCUUUGACCAGAAUUCAAAGAUUUUAGUGGUGGAUGGGCCUUUGGCAGCUGGAAAGACAAAGUUUGCUAAGGAACUAGCAGAAGAAUUAGACAUGAUGUACAUGCCUGAGGCCAAUAUGGAUAUGGUGUACAUCAAUGCAUAUGGAUACAACAUGCGUCAGCUGGACCCACAACUCCCAGAUUCCUGCAAGAGUUUUGAUGAGAAAGACUUCCUUGCUUGUCCAUCACACCCCAAUGCACCAAAAUUCCAGUUUGACAUGCUGAGGAUUCGCCUUGAGCAGUAUGUUGAUGCUCUGGCACAUGUCUUGAAUACUGGUCAGGGUGUGGUGAUGGAUCGCAGUGUGUACAGUGAUUUAGUGUUCAUGGAGACAAUGGUGCAGUUUGGGUUCAUGAGCAAAGAAGCCCGUAUGGUGUACUAUGAAAGUCGAGCAGGGUCACUGCCUCUACUGAUGCGGCCUCACUUAGUAAUUUAUCUGGAUGUGCCAGUGGAAGAAGUACUGCGGAGAGUUGCAGCCCGGCCACCACCUUACCCUGACUCUCCGUUCCUUAAGCCUGAGGUGCUUGCCCACAUGGAGCAUGUCUACAAGCAGCAGUACCUGAAAGAGAUAAGCACUCAUGCAGAGCUGCUCAUUUAUGACUGGAGUGAAACUGGGGAUGUGGAGGUGGUGGUAGAAGACAUUGAACGAAUCAACUUUGAUGAUUUUGGCCCCUACGAUCCCAAAAUGAAAGAUUGGCGCAUUGAGAAAGAGUUGGACUGGUGCAGUGUUCGUAUAAAGUACAGCAAGUACAAGCAUCGGAUCGUACAUAGUAUGAGAGUUCCAGCCUACUCAGUGGGUGAAUUGGUCAUUGAUGCUGAGGAUUACAACACUUUCAAGAAUGUUUGGUGGAGUGCCCCAGGAAUGGAGUAUGAAGAAGGAUUCAAUGCUGAUCAAGGGGACCAGUUCAUAAUGCUGAAGACAAGAGCUGGACUCUAGUGCUGUUUGGUUUUUGGUUGCUGUGCCAUCCCUGUUUAGCUUUCGCAUGGGAUGCCAUAAAGAGAGAAAGAAAACUAAUGUAUAGCACCUGGUAAAAAUGGCAAAAAUUCUGGUUUUUCACAGCCAUUAUGCUAAUUAUUCUGUACAGAAGAAAUAAAAUGUAUCUUGUAUAGAAAA